CCCAGGAUUGUCAGCCCCUCUCUGGGCACAAACCGAGCCAAGGGCUGGGGGGUUGCUGCAGGAGUUUGACCUCGCAAACCUUCACUGCAAGGGCAAGAGAGCAAGCGAACGAGGCAUGCAGCGCCUCCUCACAACUUGUUCGUGUCUCUCUUGAUCUGCUCGCAGCCUCCACACUCGCUGCACUACACUUGGAAGUUGUUGGCUACAGGUUGCGGAUGAGGACGGAGGUCCGCGCGAGCUCAACUUGUAAGAAAAACCCCAAAACACUCUUCAAAGGACUCUGAAGUAAAGUUUGAUGUUUCAUUUUGGAGCACUUCCCUCAACAUGAGGGUCCGUACUUGACUUUGGAUUUUAGAAACAGGCUGCCUGUUGAACAACGUUUGAUAUCCUCUCUGCAAGAGUUUCGGCGAUUACAAGUGAGCGUAAUUACGCACGGCGAGCACCAUGGCACCGAUGUUGGACAAACGUGCUCCCGCUUUGCUCAUGGUUUGGAGCUACUGCGUCCUGGCGGAUACCGCUUUCACGAACUUUACUUUGGACAACGAGUUCCAUUCCAGCUUCAUUCACCGCCGCUUGAAGAGCCAGGAGCGCAGAGAGAUGCAGCGCGAGAUCCUGUCGAUCCUGGGGCUGCCGCACCGGCCGCGACCCCACCUCCACGGCAAGCACAACGCUGCCCCGAUGUUUAUGUUGGACUUGUAUAACGCCAUGUCCAUAGAGGGGGACGAGGACAGAUACUCCUACCCAUACAAACCCGUGUUCACCACCCAGGGGCCCCCAAUAGCCAGCCUGCAAGACAACAACUUCUUGAACGAUGCAGACAUGGUCAUGAGCUUUGUCAAUUUAGUUGAGCAUGAUAAAGAAUUCCUACCUGUGCGGCGGCAUCACAAAGAGUUCAGAUUCGACCUAUCACGAAUCCCAGAGGGUGAGGCGGUCACUGCGGCUGAGUUUCGUAUUUAUAAAGACUUCAUCCAUGAACGUUUUGAGAAUGAGACCUUCCGCAUCAGCGUAUACCAGGUGCUGGAGGAGCACUCUGAUAGGGAGUCCGACCUGUUUCUGCUGGACUCUCGGGUGAUCUGGGCAGCAGAGGAGGGCUGGCUGGUAUUUGACGUGACCGCCACCAGUAACCACUGGGUCCUGAACCCUGGCAGAAACUUGGGUCUGCAGCUGGCCCUGGAGAGCACAAAUGGAGAGAGUAUCAAUCCUCGUGUGGCUGGGCUGAUAGGUCGCAGUGGGCCUCAGAAUAAACAGCCAUUCAUGGUGGCCUUCUUCAAAGCCACUGAGGUGCACCUGCGAAGCAUCCGUUCAGCAUCAGGGGGGGGCAAACAGCGUAACCCCAACCGCUCCAAGGGGGCAAAGAGCCAGGAGGCUCUAAGAGUGGCCAAUGUUGCAGAAAACAGCAGUACUGAUCAGAAGCAGGCCUGUAAGAAGCAUGAGCUCUACGUCAGUUUCAGAGACUUGGGGUGGCAGGACUGGAUCAUCGCUCCAGAGGGAUACGCAGCGUACUAUUGCGAGGGAGAGUGUGCCUUCCCACUGAACUCCUACAUGAAUGCCACAAACCAUGCCAUUGUGCAGACGCUUGUUCAUUUUAUAAACCCAGACACAGUUCCUAAGCCGUGCUGCGCCCCCACACAGCUCCACGCCAUCUCCGUGCUCUACUUUGAUGACAGCUCCAACGUCAUUCUCAAGAAAUACCGCAACAUGGUGGUCAGAGCUUGUGGCUGCCACUAGACUGUCAGCAUCUUCACACGCACCGACACUCGAACACGAGCAGAGAGGGCUUUUUCUUUGCUGUCAGGCAACGUUUGACACAUUGAGAUGGACUGUUUGUGCGCACGUAUCUUAUGUACAGUCAGCAGAGAGGUCAAGUGUGGAGGAAACUCUCGAUGCCAUUGUCAGGGUUGUCCUGAUAUAAAGAUGAUGCUGAGUGGCUGAACAGGAACUCACUACAAGUGCACACACACAUGCGCAGAAAAACACGCACACACACUUAAGUUUGUAUGAUUGCGUAUUAGGGCGUUUGUCAGAAACAAACAUAUAAAAAUAAAUAAUGAUAGAGCAAUCAGAAGGGGGUAAACUAUUCCUGAGAAAAUAUCUGAUACAAGAACAUUCUCUGAGACUGAAGUCAUAAAUGUAAGAGAAUUAACAUGAGCUUGACACCAUACAGCUUCUACAGUUGACCUUAAGUGACCUCCUAUUUCCCUCAUUUGACACCCAACUACCACCAUACCAUUUGGAUACAGAUUACUAAUGCUAAUACUGGUCUUCUUCUUGGUCUAGUUAACAGAUGUAUCAUCAGAUGUGAUGCACAGUAUCUUUUUCCUCUGCUACUCAGAACAGCUGCGAUGGUUUUGCAGCUCUUGAGGCUUUCCUUGUAUGGGAGUGGGCUUGGUGUCAUCUGAAGUGGGCUGGAAAACUUGGCUCCAACAAAUGCAGAAAUACCACUUUAAUCAAAUUAUAUUUGGCUGCCAUCAAACAUUACAGGAAAAAAUAUGGUUCCCUUCUAAAACCACACACAAAUUGUCUUAUUUGUUCUUAAAUGCAUAACUACAUCAUCUCAUAUUCUCUGAAAUUUCAUACUUCUUUCCUUAAAAUCUCAGAAAAUAUUCAAAUAUUUUUGUAUCACAAAUUUAAUAAUGCUUUAAUUUUUAAAUACCAUCCCACACAAAGCUCCUUCAAUUUUUUUUUUACCCACAAUGGCCCCAAUGCGCCGUCGUAUGUUUGUGCUUUCUACUGUGUAUACAAAACAUUAAAAGCAGUGAUUGUACUGUCUAUUCAUCACAGUCAGCAAUCUUUUGUGUAUUUCCAUAAUUGUUAUAUUAGUUCAUUCUUUUAUUGUAGAUUUUAUUUUAUAUAUAUUUUUAUGACUGAAAGACUUGGAUGGAUGUUCUGAAUUUCUUCGAUGUAAAAUACUGUGUAUAUAAUUUUUUCCAACAAAGCAAGAAGUGUAUUUAUUUCCUGAAAUGUCAAGUGAGUUUGUGUUUUCUCCUGUACGUAAUGCUGCCUGUUUUCUUUGAUACGCUAAAACACACAUACACACACACACACACACACACACACACACACACACACACACACACACACACACACACACACACACACACACACACACACACACAUACACACACACAUACACACACACACACAUACACACAGAGAGGAAGUUACUUUGACUGCAGUGUUGAGUUUAAAGUCGUUGCACCACACUCUGCCUCAAGUGUAUGCUGCGCACUGAUGGAUGGAGGCAAUUUAUGACAACCUGGACCCGUGGAUAUGUCUCCAUAUUUCAUCAGACGAAACUGUUACAUAUUCCUGUCGCACAAUUUCACAGCAACAAUCAGCUGAAGUGUCAGCGGGGGAAAUUCUUACUCUGUGUGCUCGACAUUUUCAGGUUUAUAUUCCUCUGCUGUAAUACAAUCUGUCAUAUUUAAAAGGUCUAUUUAUUGGGAGCUGGCUCAAAUGUUCUACAGUGUGCUCCGAUGUCUCAACCAUGUUUGACUGCUGAACUGGUACAACAAUAAACUGGGAGAAAAGCA